UGAUCGGCCAAUGGGGUGAGGCGAGGUCUAUUUGAACGGUGAAAAGCGGGUUCGAAAACAUUCGAGAGGGAAACAAAGAGAGCGCAAAUAUCGCGGUGUGGCUCGGCCUGACAAGUGGAAUAUCGACUUUUUAACACCGGGAUACGUUAGCGUUUAUAUUCCCAUCAUGUCUCACAAACAGAUCUACUACUCAGAUAAAUAUGACGAUGACAAAUACGAGUACAGGCAUGUUAUGCUACCAAAGGAUAUCGCAAAGCGUGUACCCAAGACUCAUUUGAUGUCAGAGACUGAAUGGAGGAACCUGGGUGUCCAGCAGAGUCAAGGAUGGGUGCAUUACAUGAUCCACCAACCAGAGCCGCACAUCUUGCUGUUUCGACGUCCUCUGCCUGAUCAGAAAUCCUAAAGGAAGACAUCCUCUGGGCCCUUGGCAGAUCAGCCUUAUUUGUGUGCCACAGACGAGCCCCCUGCUGUCGGAUAGUCUUGUGUGGUAGGUAAAUUGGCCUGAUCUUCCUGGACCCAGUGAAGGACUAUCAAAGUUCAGAACAAUGGUUGUGCAAUGGAGCGUACAUUUGAAGGAAUUGAUUAUCAACCUUCUUGUGGGAAGACUUCUGCACGUUAUUUGACACCACCUGCCAGAAUCACCAGAACUGUGUACUGUUUUUCCUGACUUGAUCUCUCUCUGUCCGUCUUGCUGGAUGUGCUUGGAUAUUCCCUUUUAUUUCCAUUUUCUUUGAAACGAAUUUAAGAUGUGGGGAGUGAGCUUUGUUAAAACAUUAGUGUUCUAACAGUGCAUUCUGGGUAAAGCUCAGGUAAGAACCAAGAGAUCCUCAAUUAGUGUUGACUCAUUGUUCUUGCGGUUUGAAGUGACAUGUUGCUGCUUGGUUUAAAUGACACUGUAUAUUUGCAUUUAACAACUUUUAUCAUGCGCAUGAUAAACCGCCUUUAUCCUAGAAGCCCGCUUUGAACCUUUCAUGUUGGAGUAUUAUAUUUGUGCCCCUUGAGAGGAAAAAAAAAAACUCAUGAGUCUGAUUGUAGUGAGCUGCUCAGUAUUUAUGAAUGUGUUGCUCUUAAAUAAAUGUAAUCUUUUAAGUUGUCUGUCAUAUGGGUUUGAGUGCAGUACGGUUUAAUACAUAAACUGUUUAGAGACGCUACUUGUCAAGUGUUUACUGGCUGACAAUACCUUAAUCGUCUGGAAUAAACCAAACUGUAUUUGCUCCGGGAACUUUACCUGCAUUUCUGUUUUGUUGGAUGUCCUUGUCUUAUGGCACUAGUUUCAUUACCACUUAUUCUAGAAAAACCUUGUUUAGCACCUGACUCUCUAGUUUGAAUUUUGUCUUUCAUUGAAAUUGUGAGAAGAUUAUGCCUGUUGUACUCUGCCUUUUCCCUUUAGAAACACCUUAUGAAUAAAAACCGCCAGCAGUUGUAAAGCA